AAUGUUUUUGUGGUUAUAGGAUGGAAUCCGGAGAGAGGUGCAGACCAUGAUCUUGAUUGAUCAUGCAAAUGUAUUGCGUGCACACUGCUCCUUCACUGCAGGUCACAGCCUUUGGGUUGUCAUGCCAUUCAUGGCCGGAGGAUCUUGCCUUCAUAUUAUGAAAUCUUCUUAUCCUGAUGGUUUUGAGGAGCCUGUAAUUGCCACAUUAUUGCGUGAGGUCCUCAAAGCCCUUGUAUAUCUUCAUUACCAUGGACACAUCCAUAGAGAUGUAAAGGCUGGGAAUAUUUUGAUUGAUUCCGAUGGUGCUGUUAAAUUGGCAGAUUUUGGAGUUGCAGCUUGCAUGUUUGAUACUGGUGAUAGGCAACGUUCAAGAAAUACUUUUGUUGGAACUCCAUGCUGGAUGGCUCCCGAAGUGAUGCAGCAACUGCAUGGAUAUGAUUUUAAAGCAGAUAUUUGGUCGUUUGGAAUAACAGCCCUUGAACUUGCUCAUGGUCAUGCGCCAUUCUCCAAGUACCCACCCAUGAAGGUUCUGCUGAUGACCUUACAGAAUGCACCCCCAGGCCUUGACUAUGAACGGGACAAGAGAUUCUCUAAGUCUUUUAAAGAAAUGGUUGCUGCUUGCUUAGUGAAAGAUCCAAAGAAGCGUCCAUCUUCUGAGAAGCUUUUGAAGCACCCUUUCUUUAAACAAGCACGAUCAAAUGAUUAUUUGGCACGUUCAAUCCUUGAUGGCCUCCCACCUCUAGGUGAUCGUUUUAGGAUGCUUAAGGCAAAAGAAGCAGAUUAUCUCUUACAGAACAAGGCAAUGUAUGAGGACAAGGAUCAUUUAUCACAGCAAGAGUAUAUUCGUGGUAUCAGUGCCUGGAAUUUUAACCUGGAGGAUCUGAAGAGCCAAGCUGCGCUGCUUCCGGAUUAUGACGACAUUCCAGAUGCUGAAGAUUCAAGUACUAGUGGGAAGCUGCGGGAGGGGAAUGGUGAUAUUGGUUCUAUAGCAGAAAGGCCUAAUCAGCCAAGUGUUUCUCAUGAGGAUGAGCUGAAUGAUGAUCAUGAUUUGGACAGUUCACUUGCUGCAUUUCCUAUGAAGCCUCUUCAAGCACUCAAGGGGUGUUUUGAUGUGUGCGAAGAUGACAUAACUGGUAGUAGUCCAAGUUGGGAAGAUGCUAUGCAAUCAGAGUCUAAUCAGCAGAACCUUAUGCUGUCACCGGCAAAAGUUGAGGACCAAGACAAUGGAAAAGAUGAUGGUGAGAAUCUGCGACAGAGUAGCUCCUUGCCACGUUCUGUUAUUCCAGGGCAUAAAAAGUUUUUUAGUGGUUCACUGCUACAGGAUAAUGCUCUUUCACCCAAAAAAGUUGUUACUGAUGGCGAGAGGGAAUAUCAACAUCCAAAGUACCAGGCCGAACGAAACUAUAGCGGUCCAUUGCAGUAUCGACAUAAGAAAGACUUAGGAGAAGAUGCAUCAGAAGGAGCUGUCGUCCAACGCAAGGGACGUUUUCAAGUCACAUCAGCAGAUCUGAGUCCCAAGGAACCUACAAGCUGUUUCUUUAACCCAGGUCAUGGAGGUUCUACUAGUCCAAGCAAUCUAGUUGCUUCACUACUUCCAUCAUUGCAAUGCAUUCUACAACAGAAUACUUUGCAAAGGGAGGAAAUAGUGAAACUGAUCAAGUUUGCGGAGCGAGCAUCUGUCAACCCUACAGACUUGGCUGAAGCUGGGACCAGUGAUCUUCCGCAGAUGUCUCCUUCUGUUAGGGAGAGAGAACUGCAAUCUAUGGUCAUUCAAAUGCAACAAAGCAUUGGAAGUCUUGUGGAGGAGUUGCAGAGACAAAAGAUGAAGAAUAUUCAGUUGGAAAAGAAAUUGAAUACAGUGGUAAAGAAAGAAUAGAGAAGGUAGCACCAAAAUGGCUGGUGAAGUUUCUCUCAUGCUCGUGCUAAGGCACAUCGUUAAGUUACUUGGGCGAAUGUGUCGUAUGUUAUUUUUGUGUACCAUAUGUGAAUGUAAAGUAGGCACCCAAAUUUUGAGAUGCUAUUCAUUGUCAGAAUAUCUAUGAUCUAUUGUAAUAUACCAUUUUGGUAUAGUAUUUAAGUAGUUGUCUUUCAAUAUUAAUUGAAAAUCAGGGAGCAAAAGUA